AUGGAGAACAAGCGAAUGUGGAGUGAUGAAGAGACACUGGCCUUUGUUGGCUUCAUGGAGGAGUUUGUCGUUGACGGUCAGAGGGCUGACUGUGGGCAGUUUAAACUGGGAACAUUCGAGAAGCUGGCUUUGAAGAUGUUGGAGGCUUUCCCUGGUUGUACACUGACCGCGAAGCAUUGCAAGAAUAAGCACAAGCGGCUCAAGGAGAAGUACCAGUACGCCGCUGAUAUGCUUGCUUGUAGCGGAUUCGGAUGGAACAACGAGAAAGAAUGUGUAGAGGUUGACAGCAAAGACGUCCUUGAUGCCUGGUUGAAGGCACAUCCUACCAAGUUCUACACUCCUGGCAAGCCAUUUCCUUUGUUUCACCGGCUGGAAGGUAUCUUUGGCAGGGAUAAAGCCACGGGAGCCGGGGCCGUAAGUGGCUUCGAUGCGGAGGAGCAGGUUAACGAGGAGACUGACGACACCGCUGCUGGCUUUGAUCAGUCUGAGAUGUCUCCACCUCCAGACCAAGAGGGAUUUGCAGCAACGCAAGGACAAGCAUCACAUUCUGAGGCCGGGGCGACCGCCGGAAGCACAAGGCUAUGCGGGAGGAAGAGAAAACAAGUUGAUGUACUGGAGAGGAUGGCCGACCAGAUUCAGCAAUCAUCGGCUGACCAGCGCAAGAAUGCCCAGCUGAUAGCUGAUGCCAUUGUUGGUGUGAACGAGAAGUGGAAGGUUGGCGAGAAGCUCACACAGCUUGGAUUCGGUGAUGACAAGGUCGUCAGGGCGAUUCUGAAGUUUGCCGAGAGUCCUAAUGUGUAUGCACAUUUCUGGGGCUUGUCAGAUUCACAAAUGAUUGCGCUUGUGCGUUCCAUUAUAUGA